UAUUUUGUUUUUACUGAAAGUUUACAGAUCGCUUCAAUCAAAUAUCCAUUGCAUUCAAAACAUAAAAUUCAAACGAAUCGUAAAGGCUUAUUUUAUUUUUGACGAAAGAAAAGUAUAAAUAGAGUGCCGUUUCUGUUGCGGGCAAAAGUUUAGUUUUAAAUUUCGUUCAGCAAACAAUAUACAAAGAAGCAAAAAAAAGAUGUCUGGCCGUGGAGGAAAAGGCGGUAAGGGAGGAAAAGGCGGAAAGGGAGGAUCCGGUGGUGCCAAACGUCAUCAUAGAAUAUUGCGUGAUAGUCUCCUAGGCAUCACAAAACCAGCCAUACGUCGUUUGGCUCGUCGUGCUGGUUGCAGGCGUAUUUCGGGUAACAUCUACGUAAUAGCUCGAAGCGUGUUGAAAAAUUUCUUGACAAAAAUCAUCGGAGAUGCAGUCACAUACACCGAACACGCCAGGCGCAAGACAAUGACCGCUAUGGAUGUCGUCUACGCUGUGAAACGUCAAGGCCGCACUUUGUACGGUUUCGAUGGCUAGUGAGCCAACAAAUAAAAACAUCUAUAUAAAUCA